AUGUUUCAGUUCCAAUCCAUGAACACCACCAAGCGGCGGCGCGACGACGACUCGGACUCUGAAGACGAGCGCAACCUUAAGAAAUCGCGACCCGUAUACCUCGCACGGUUCAACCAUGGUUUCGCGCAAUCACCGCUACACAUCAAUGUGGGACCUUCGCUUCCACCGUCGCCGCCAGCAGCGACAUCACACAACAGCAUGCACAACGAGCAGACGCAAGAAUCUACCUGGGGCGGGCCGGUGCUGUCCUCAAACUGGCAGGACGUGGACUACAGCAUGGACAUGGAAGAGGACGACAGCCAGAGCGACGUGCGCAGCCAACCACCAGAAUCGCCGUUCGGCAAUCACUUCUUUCGACCGCCGACGCUGAACCCUUCCUCCUCUCUGCACUCAGAGAACGGCAGCACCGGGCGCAUAUCAACACCCAUACACCCAACCUUCAACAGAGGUGGAAUGAGCGGAUUCGGCUACCCGUCCAGCGGCUCAGCAGGCAGCAUGACAAGCAACGCCCUGCCGCCACUUUCAUCCCUCACAGUCCGCAAGAGCAGACAAGACCAACCCCACGACCGCAGCCGCAGCCGCCGCAUGCCUUCGCCCAUCUCCGAAGACGAAGACAUCCCCGACACACCCACCGCCCUCACGCAAUCGCAACUCUCGCGACUUAGUGUCUCGCGCGAGAAGCCCGAGGACAUGGACAUGGACAAGGAGUCUGCUGCGACCUCGCUUACGCUGCCUCUCACACCGCGCGGUCGGAAACGCAGCGGUGCGCUGACAGGCACGCCACGGUUCAGCAUGGGUUAUCGCGACGACUGCGAGAAGUGCAAGCAACGGGUGCCAGGGCACUAUUCGCACUUCCUGCCUUGA